UAUACAAAUGCUUCAAGUUCUUAUCGCUGUCGCCAACAGAAAAGAAAUCAAUCGUAUCUCAAAACAACGUUUGUACGAACUGCCUGAACCCAGGUCAUUACUUUAGGCAAUGUAAAAUUGCAGCUCGCUGCCAACUCUGCCAUCAAACUCACCACACCAUUCUUCACGCUGCUUACGCAACAGACAUCGUUCAAGAUCAAACAACAACCGCGCUGUCUACUGCAGUAGAAAAUAUGAAUGCUACAGCAUUAAGCCAUACACAACCAACAUCACAUAUCAACUCGCACCUAUCAUCGCUUGCAGCGAAUCAACAGUCCCAAGUUCUGCUAGCUACAGCUAAGAUUCUCAUUAAACACCCCCACGGUGUUUGCUAUGCUAAAGCAUUGGUUGAUCCCGGCUCUCAAGCCUCAUUUGUAAACAGAGAGUUAUGUCAACUAUUAAAUUUGAAUCAAAAGAGAAUUGAAAAAACAACGAUAGAUGGAAUUGGAGCAACAUCUAAAACAUCAAUCAAACAUAUGGUCGAGCUGAAGCUGGUGUCCAAUUAUAAUAAGAAUUACAAUUUAACCGUGAGUGCUUUUAUUUUGCCUAAAAUAACAAAUUAUAAACCAAUAGAUGUGAGAAAAUGUGAUCUGCCGGAUUUGAAUUCAUAUCAGUUAUCCGAUCCAACUUUUUACAUGCCAUCUAAGAUAGAUGUUUUGUUGGGAAGUGAUGUUUAUGGAAAGUGUGUUCGGGUGGCUAGUUUCAGGCCCUAUAGGCAAACCAUACCCAAAAACGACCCUGAAUGUAAAUAGCUGCAAUCUCGAGAAUCAGCUGCGUUUAUUCUGGGAACAAGAAGAGUUGGCAGAAACAAAAAAUUUAUCGCUAGAGGAAGAAGCUUGUGAAUCAUAUUUUGCAACAACAUAUAUUCGAACGAGUGAGGGCCGAUAUGAAGUUCACUUGCCAUUUAGAAGUUUGUUAAAAGGUGAGACUGCUCCGAUAUUCCAAAAUACAGACUAUGUUGCCCUAA